GAAACGGGACGUCCAAGGGACCAACGUGGGAGGUGUAUUUCAGCUCGUGCGCGCGCGAACGUUUUGGCGGGUUUUCUACUUCUGGUUCGUCGUCUCGGAAAUAAGAUGGCCUAUGCCAUUGUGGAGUUCCUUCGUCUAAAGCAGGUUGAAGUUGUGCCUGCGCUCUGGAUUCAGGGCGAACAUUGUGCAUGGCCUGACCAGGCCAAAGGGGACAAGAUAAUUGUGAUGGUGAAAAAAGCAGUGCCACCAGAUGCGUCGUGGAAACGAUUUGCUGUGGUGGUGAAGUGGUUAUUCGCAACAUACGAGCAGGCACGGAAGAAGCUGGAGCGUAGCCAAUACACAUCGGAACUAAGCAGCGACUCAGAAAGGCCGCAAGGCAAGAGGAAGCGGAGGCCACCGCCCCAGUGGUCGCAGUCCGACGAGGAAUCAGUGCGACACAAGCCAACAAAAGCAGCCCCCCGAAAAGUGCCCGCAGUACCGGCAGAUUUUCCUCAAGUGUCGAACACUUCUUUCCCAGGCCUGUUCACUGCUGCAUCAAAGGAGGGAAGCAGUUCUGCAGGAAGACAAAGCUCCAGUGUGCCGGACGACCUGGGCAAUUUUGCUCCUGAGAUUUGUGUGCAAGGUAGCAGCCACUCGCAAGCGCCCUCGGAUUCCUCCGAGAACGGCAGCAUUUUAGACACAGACAUAAGGAGCUUGCAGGAAUCCAGUUCACCUGUUGAAGGGCUUCAAGCAAGCGAGCUACAGGAUCCACAAGAUCAGGCAUUCAAGCAGCACGUCCUGCGGCUGUUAAACAUCAUGCGCUUCACGCUGCAGCAGCAUGGCGAGAUGCUCAACAAGCUCUGCGCAAUCCUUCCAGUCCAUGCAGUUAUUGCACACCCAUCCCUCGUUGAACAAGCGUUCAACACACUACCUGACCUCCUGGCCUUUGAGAAAGAGUUGGAUGAAGAGAAGGCUCUACGUCUUGUUCAUGAGCUCAAGCAACUCGGGGGCAAGACUGCAAGCAAGGCCACGAAGCGGAUGCUGACGUAUCUUCUAACUGAUGAGCUAGCUGCACAGUUCUCGUGGAUCGGAAGAAAGGGAAAACUCAACUUUUCAGUUUUAAAGACUGCCACUGCAAUUACUGAUGCUGCAAAGAAGUUGCCAGGAGGUAAAGAUGCCAUCGAGGACUCGAUCAAGUCUUGGCUUCGGCACGCCCCUGAAAGGGCCAAGGGCCAAAGGUGCAAAGCACCUGAAGCGCACCAAAAUGAAGAGUCGGAUUGAGAGGCCUUGCAGAACUUCCGACGCUGGAACACUCAUCAGCAAGGAGCAGAGUGCCAGCGGGGAGUAGGAGGUCAAAACAGCUUUCCUUUGUGUGCGUCUGAGGUUUCGCGUGCAAACUUUAUAUAUAUCAGACCACAGCAGUUUCUUUUGAAGUUCAUUAUGCCAGGCCUCUUGUACGUGCAUUUGUUUUUUCUUUCAUACUUGCCUUUCACUGCCUGUGAACAUUGUUUCUGUGCUCUUGUGGAUUUGCACCGCAAUAUUUUUUCGCACAUCUGAUUUCAGGUGGAGUGACUUUUUUUUUACUUUUUAGUGUACAAGUUUUUGCUGUGCUUUUUUUCACAAAAAAGUUUUUUUUAAGGAAGUUCCAUAUAGUGUGGUGCACCUUGCAGUGGUUAGCUACCCUUGGUAAUGUUGCAA